AUGGCGGCAAACCUCUCCUCGCUGCUCAACGCGUCCAAGGCGCUCACCUCGCAUCUCUCUCGCCCCGACCUACCUUCCGUCAACCUUUCCUUGGAGCAGAUUGAGGCGCAGUCAAGAAGGCUCGUGUCACGGCAACCCGGAACCUCUGGAGAUGCGAGUCGCGCAAACUACCUCCUCGCGCAAGCGCACGUCGACGCGCCAGCCCUCGCGAACUCCAUCGCGCACUUGAACACCCAGACGACCUUCUCACCACUCCAGGCGCUACAAGAUACCGAUGUUGCGGGUUACCUGCGCCAUGCGCACGAACAAAACCUCAUUUCGACGAUCGAGGAGGGCCGGAAAGAAACCCAGGAGGAGUUUUACCGCGUGUUGGAGGAUCGCGGGCGGCGAGACUGGGAGGCAAAGAAGAGGCGUGUAUUCGAGCAGCUUGGCGCGCGCGUGGUUGGGGAGAACAAGGCGGUGGCUGAGAUGAAGAAGAGCUCGCAUGGGAAGUCACUGCUUUCUACCAGUGUUGGGCCCGCGCCCAGUCUUCAGAUGCAGAGCAAGAUGAUGGCCUACGACCACGUUGUCUCCGAACUGAACACAUCGCGUCUACGCGGCACCUCGUUUCCCAUCGUCCACGCCCUCAUUCAAGCUUCGCUGUCCGCGAACUCUGACUCCGGCUCUCUUCAAAUAUCCCAGAACUUCCACGUUCUCUCCAAGAUCACCGCCGAACCGCCUUCCUUACCUCCAAUUGCACAUGCGGGCGCGCACAUCCUCAACACGCCACUCAUCGAACGCAAAUACGCGCGCGCCUACCUCGGUGACCCUGAAUCAAGAGAAGCUGUCGAGCUCCGUAGGCAAAUCGCCAAGGGCGCACGGGAAGCACUUGAGGAGCAGUACUGGGACGUUGUCGAACGGACGCUGCAGGCCCGCGCGCAAGAGGCACGGCUGGGAGGAGAUCCGAGUGUGUCGAACAAGAUCAGGGCGUACGUGUCUGUUAGGCAUUACCGGAUGGGCGAGUGGGAGGACCGCGUCGAGCUCGUCGCGGGCCAGCCAUUGUGGGCCAGACUGUUCUACAUGAUACGAACAGGACACCUGCAGGAGGCGUUGGCGGAAGCAAUGCAGCACCAGGUGGCAAUUGAGCGUCGCGAGUCGAGCUUCCUCAGCCAUUUGCGGGCGUGGAUCGAGUCUCCAGAUCGGCGGUUGCCAAAACCUCAUCGCGACCAGCUUCAUGCGGCAUAUAAUGCACACAUGCUCCACUCCUCCUCGGCGGAUCCCUUCAAACUUGCCCUGUACAAGCUCAUGGGCAAGAUCGACCCGUCAAGGCGGAGCGUCGCGGGCGUGACGGUCACUACGGAGGAUUGGCUAUGGUUCCAACUAUCGAUGGUGGAUGAGGAUGAAUUCGGCGGUCUCAGGGGUCUCUCGGAGGUCCUUCUUGGAUACGGCGAACGUCAUUUCGACGGCGCGCCCGGCCAGAAGGGUGCAAAACGCGGAGUAUGGGCAGGGGUACUGCUCAUGUGUGGUCAGUUCGAAAGAGCUGUUGCUGCGCUCUGGGACCAUAACGAGAUGGAGGUCGAAGCCGUUCACCUGGCCAUCGCUCUAGCGUAUCAUGGUCUCCUCCGUGUGCCAUUGAGGGCAGAAACAUCUGAUAUUACGCCUUUGACCCUGUCGUCAUCGUCACCACCGGCGCUGAGUCUCUCGACGCUGAUCUGGCGUUACAUCCGCCAAUUCGUCCGCAUGGAUGCCCGCGAGGCUCUUCAAUACGUCUACUCUGUCUGCCUCAGCGCCGACCAACCAGGUGGUGCAGGAAAAGAGCAAGUGGAGACUGCCUGGGACCUUGUCCGCCGGAUCAUCGUCCUGGCGAACACAGGCGCUGCCUGGGAGGAGCUUGUCGGGGGCUUUAGGCCCGAUGGCACGCGCUUCAGCGGCGCGAUCGAGCAGAGCGCCUCCCUGCUGAAGCUCGACGAUACGCGCGCGUACAACGAGCACAUACUCGAGCGCGCUGCGCGCGCGUCCGAGGAGGCGGAUCGCGUCCCAGAGGCCAUCAAGCUCUACAACCUCGCGGGCGACUACGUGACCGUCGUCGGGGUGCUGGCGCGGGCGCUCGGCGGCACGAUCACGCAACCUAGCGUAGACGACAAGGCGCGCGCGGUCGAGCGCACCGCCGCGGACGUGCUCCGCCACUACGAGCGCACGAACCGUGCGGUGGGCAAGGAGCGCGACGCGGUCGUGCGUCUGCUGCGCGUACGCGAGGCGAUGGACGCGAAGGCCGCGGGGAGGGUCGAGGCUGCGCUCGAACUCAUGGAAUCGACGGACCUCAUCCCGCUCGAGGCGGACGUGGCGAAGAUCACGAAGCGCGCGGAGGAGUUCAAGGACCUGCCGGACGCGCUCCAGCGCAACCUGCAGACCUUCCUCCAGCUCACGAUGGACGUGCUCGCCGCCGUGCACCAGAAGGUCAAGGCGUCGUCGCUCCCGGAGGCGUCGCGGCAGACGACAAUCGCGAUGCUGCGCAAAAAGUCGAGGGCGCUCCUCAUCUUCGCGGGGAACCUGAAGUACAGGAUGUCGCCCGACGUGUAUUCGUACCUCGCCCGGUUGGACGUGGAGAUCGCGCUGUAG